CUCACGUUCAUCUUGCCGUACCUAAUGCAUGGUAAUCUCCCCGCCACAAAGAUGGUUCUAAUACACUCUGCUCCACCGUGCUCGCGCGUUGUUCUGCGUUCGCAUCGAUCAACGGCUUUCGACCCGCAUCUUAUCACCAAAGCUCAGGACGAUCAUAACCCAACUGAUUAUGUUCUUCACUACUCAAUACAUCGCGCUUGCAACCAUCGCCUCGACUCUGGUUAACGCCUUACCCCUCGACAUCAGUCAGCCGCGUGACCUGGUACCCCGUGCAAAGAGCUACUCUGUCAUCAAUGUUGAUGGAGGAGCGUCUACAGCGGCACCCGCAGACGCAACGACAGUGCAAGUUGAAGGGCCAACAGUCACUGCAGAGAUUACAGCUACUACCACUAAGCCUGUACCUGUACCAGUAGCAACCAGUACAAGUACUAGCUGCACCAGCAGUUCAACAUCUCAACCAUCCUCGUCAACGCCAACACCCACUUCAUCUUCGACAACAACAACACAGAUAGCUUCAUCGACCACCGAGGCGCCAAAGCCUGUGUUUGUCACUGUAACCGUCACCGACGGUGGGCCAACUGAGUACUACGACAAUGGGCUGUGGCACACGUCCUACCGGGUCAAGACGUUCGAGGCUGUCGCAACUCCAUCGCUACCCUAAACGUUGCGUGCGAUAGCUCGACAGGUGUGCCUAGAUGGCAGAAUGGUCGCUGCAAGGCAAUCAAGACGACUUGAGCACUGCUGUAGAUCCUGGCGUUUUCUUCUCACAGCUACGGUCGACACGGCGAGUGUCGCCGCAGCCCCUGUUUUAAUACGAGUUACGGAGUACAUGAUGUAAAUGAUGCAGGAAAGGCGAGAAGCUCGUGAACACGAUUUAGUGCAUUGGAACGGCGUUAUAGACGGCGGCAACGGUACUUUGUGUGUUGAGCAUGGUCACUCCAUCCACAGACGAACACUACAUAAUAUGAGAAUAUUUAACAAAUGAUGGCGCGAGGUUGUUCAUUGGUGACAUAAUGACGCAGCGAAGCUGGGAGCUCGCAUCCCUGCAGGUACCUUUGGUACUCUUGGCAAGCGCCUUCCA